AUGAUUACAAUAUCCAAUUCAAGCCCACUCAAGCACACAGCAAUGCUGAUGCAUUAUCACGUCUCCCCAGAUUCAUACGAAACGGCUGACAUUAAUGCUAUUCACACUUUCAAUGUGGCUCAAAUCGAAGCUCUUCCUGUAACAUCUCAGCAGGUGCAGACGGCUACCCGACGUGACCCAACCUUAAGCAAGGUGUUAAAGUAUGUCAAAUCAGGAUGGCCACAGAAAGUGACACCGGAUCUACAACCAUAUUUCAACCGCCGUCUUGAAAUUGGCAUCGAAAGUGGUUGCUUGAUGUGGGGAAUUCGCACUAUCAUUCCACAGAACCUGCAUGCAAAGACCCUUCGUGCUCUCCAUGAGAACCACCCUGGAAUGUCCCGAAUGAAGGCUAUUGCCCGCAGUUACGUGUGGUGGAGUGGACUCGAUAAAGACAUCGAAAACCAAGCAAAAACGUGCCUAUCGUGCCAGGAACAAGCCUCUAAACCUGCAGUAGCACCACUCCAUCCUUGGGUUUGGCCAAACAGCCCAUGGAAAAGGAUCCAUAUUGACUACGCUGGUCCAUUCUUGAACAAAAUGUUUCUAGUGAUUGUAGACGCCCAUUCCAAGUGGCCAGAAAUGAUUCAGAUGUCUUCCACUACGUCUCAAAACACGAUCGAGGCACUGCAAGCACUAUUUGCUCGGUAUGGACUACCAGAACAGAUUGUUUCCGACAAUGGUGCACAAUUCACAUCCCAAGAAUUUAGCGAUUUUAUUCAAGCCAAUGGCAUAAGACACAUACGAAGUGCUCCAUACCAUCCCUCCACGAACGGCCAAGCUGAACGAUUUGUACAAACGUUCAAAAGAGCCAUGAAAGCUGGAGAGAGAGAAGGACUGAGUUUGAAAACAAGAUUGGCUCAGUUUUUACUGUCAUACCGCUCAACUCCACAUGCUACCACUAACGUCUCACCGAGUGAACUGUUCCUUCAAAGAAAAGUACGUACACGAUUCGAUCUCCUCAAACCAAACACAGAGGGAAACGUAUCUGACAAGCAGAGAAACAGAAACAGCAACAUGACAAACAUGCUAAACCAAGGACGUUCUCUGUUGGUCAACAAGUAA